UCAAAACAUUUCAACAACAUUCAUUUUCAUUCCCACAAAGAAAGAAAAAAACAAAAUCAGAAGCCAUGAACUCGUCCUCAUUUUUAACUCCUUCAUCAUCUUCUUCUCCACAUCUCCAAUCUCCUGCAACAUUCGACCACGAUGAUUUCCUCCACCAAAUCUUCUCCUCCACUCCUUGGCCCUCCUCCGUCCUCGACGACGCUCCUCCGCCAACUUCCGAUUGUGCCGCCGUCACUGGAUUUCACCAUCACGACGCCGAUUCAAGAAACCAGAUCACAAUGAUUCCUUUGUCUCAUAAUGACGCUCUCUUCAAUGGCUUCUCCACGGGAUCUCUCCCUUUCCACCUCCCUCAGGGAUCGGGAGGUCAAACACAAUCGCAGGCGACGGCUUCAACAACCACCGGUGGUACGACGGUGCAGCCUCAGACUAAGCCUAAAGUCCGAGCUAGGAGAGGUCAAGCCACUGAUCCUCACAGUAUCGCCGAACGGUUACGGAGAGAGAGAAUAGCGGAGAGAAUGAAAUCUCUUCAAGAACUUGUCCCUAAUGGCAACAAGACAGACAAAGCAUCAAUGCUCGAUGAGAUUAUCGAUUAUGUCAAGUUCUUACAGCUCCAAGUCAAGGUAUUAAGCAUGAGUAGACUGGGCGGUGCUGCUUCUGUCUCUUCUCAAAUCUCUGAGGAUGCCGGUGGAUCCCACGAAAACACCUCCUCCUCCGGCGAAGCGAAGAUGACGGAGCACCAAGUUGCAAAGCUGAUGGAAGAGGACAUGGGAUCGGCCAUGCAGUAUCUACAAGGCAAAGGUCUUUGCCUCAUGCCCAUCUCUUUAGCCACCACCAUCUCCACCGCCACGUGUCCUUCUCGUAACCCCUUCGUUAAAGAUACCGGUGUUCCUUUGUCUCCUAACCUAUCCACUACAACAGUUGCUAACGGUAAUGGUUCUUCGUUGGUCACCGUUAAAGACGCUCCCUCCGUUUCCAAGCCGUGAUAACGGCAAUUUCGUUUUCCCUUUUUUAUUGGGUGGAAAGAGAGAAAAGUUUAGAAGACAAAGACAAGUGGGAUAGGUGGUUUGGGUCAAAGUCUAGAAAGAAUAAGGUUGUGUUUUCGGA